AUGUUGGCAUUGAAUUUGAUACGUGGGGUGAGCAGAAGUGCUGGUGUGAGGUUCUUGCAGACUUCGCCCAUUGUUUGGAGCAAAACCGCUGAAGGUGCUAAGGGAAAGGAUAAGGAUGCUAAGAGUGGUGUUAGCAGGAAGGACUUAAUCAAGCAGUUUGGACCAAAGAGGCCUGCUGCCGCCUUCAUUUUGUACACAGUUCAAGAGCGUGCUAAUGCAACGGCUGAGAACCCCGGACUAUCGACGAAAGAGAUCUCUGCAGUUCUGGGUGAGAAGUGGAGACAACUGUCUGAAUACGAGAAGGAACCCUACUUCCAGAAAACUCAGCAAGCUCUAGAGGAAUAUAAGACCAAGAAACAAGAGUUUGAAGCCAUGCUGCCACCUAAGAAGCCGCUAUCACCAUUCCUUUUGUUUUCGAAUGAAGUUCGUGAGGAGAUCAAGAGCCAAAACCCAUCCCUAAGUUUUGGUGAUUUGGCCUCUCUCAUUGGAAGAAGGUGGAAAUCGCUAGGAGAGUACGAAAAGAAGAAAUAUUAUGAUCGCUAUGCCGAAAACAAAUCUAGCUGGGAACAAGAAGUUCAAAGGAAAUUGCAAAACUUUAAAUUGUAA